AUGGUCAAAUCGUCAUGCGAGAAUUGGAAGGCCAAGGGUACGAAGUACAAAGCCGAGAGCAUGCUGGCUUGUGGGCUGGAUGCGAAGAUGAGGUUGAGCUCCGAGGCUUCCGAGCCUCGCGCCUCGUUAGUCGUGCCCAGAAGACGGUCUGUAGGCGUACCGGAGCUUGUCAAGGGAGAUCCGGAGCGCUGCUGGGAGAUACCUACGUGUAAAUCAACGGCGCCUCCUCCGGCGCCUCCUCCUCCUCCUCCUCCCUAUCUUCAUCUCCAAAGUGGCGUAGGGCGAGGCGUUCCGUCACAUGCGAAGCUGAAGGUGCCAAACAGAGCUUCCGAACGCAGUGCCAUGCCCAUGACGCAACAAUACGGUCGUCUGGAGAACCCUUGCCCGUUGGAGGGCCCGGCAGCUGCUGGCUAA